ACUCAAACUGAGUUUCAUUUCCUGUUUCUUUCAGUUGCAACUGGCAAGCAUGAAGUGUGCCUUUACGCGGUAGAAGGCCACCAUGGAGCUGAGAUAACCGCUUCCUCGUUUCCCCACCAAUCACGGCUCUGGAUCGAGUACAUAACCAUGGGAACGUGGCGUGGUCUGCGAGUGGCGUUCGUCCUGGGGUCUCUGUUGAUGAUCCUGCUGAUCAUCGUCUACUGGGACGACGUCGGGGGCUUCAACCUCCACCCGCUGCAGGAGCCCAAACGCGGGUCGCCCCGCCCUCGGCCGACCACCGCGGCCCAGAUCGGCUCCUCCUCCUCCGCCAACCCCACCGCCGCUCCGAGUACGACACUGGCGCCCGAGGGGAGAGGAGGAGCGGCCGAGGCGCACACAGUGGAGGAGCGGAAGGAAAAACAAGUACAGAGGAAGGAGGAAACAAGGGGAGAUGCUGAGGACGAUAGGGAACAGGAGGCGAGGAAGCAGAGGGUAAUGGACGUGUGUUCAGGAAAGGACGCUGUUGAAUUCCCCGGAAGGACUCGGGCAUUCGAGCAGAUCCCAAACAGGGAACUGGAUCACCUGAUAGUGGACGAUACUCACCAGAUCAUCUACUGCUACGUCCCCAAGGUGGCGUGCACCAACUGGAAGCGGGUGAUGGUGGUCCUGUCUCAGUCUCUGAUCUCGCCGUCCUCGGGGAAACCGUACACUGACCCCUUGGCUGUGCCUUCUGACCUCGUGCACAACUCCUCUCUGCACCUCACCUUCGCCAAGUUUUGGCGCCAUUACGGUUCUCUGUCCCGCCACCUGAUGGCACUCAAGCUCCAGCACUACACCAAGUUUCUGUUUGUGCGAGACCCGUUUGUGCGUCUCAUCUCGGCCUUCAGGAACAAGUUUGGAAGGCCCAACGAGGACUUCUACAAGCAGUUCGGCUCCGUCAUGCUGCGGCGGUUCGGCAACGCGUCGGGCGGCGUGCCAGAGACGGCGGCUGCGUUUGCGGCGGGGAUCAAGCCGACAUUCCAGCAGUUCAUCACGUACCUGCUGGAUCCGGAGACCGAGAGCGAGACUGUCUUCAACGAACACUGGCGGCAGGUCUACCGUCUGUGCCAUCCGUGCCAGGUGAAGUAUGACUUCAUUGGACGACUAGAGACCCUGGAAACGGACGCGGAGCGCCUGCUGAAGCUCCUGGAGGUGGAUCGCCUGCUGCGCUUCCCAUCGGGGCCGCGAAACCGCACUUCGACCAGCUGGGAGAGAGACUGGUUUGCCCAGAUCCCCGUGACCAUGAGGAGAGAACUGUACGAGCUGUACGAACCGGACUUUGAGAUGUUUGGCUACCCCAAACCCGACAGCACGCUCCACCAGUAGACCACGCCGACCUGGAGGCCUGCACCGUGUGCAGGGCCCACGCCUCAAAUGCCUCUGAAGACCAGUCCGUGUUGCUGUUUGUCUAUCUGGCUUUGUGCACACCUCGAAAGACAGAAGUGCCUGCCAGGGUAGUUGCACUUUUGGCAUAAUUUCAUAUCUGAAGCACAGCUGCUUACACGCUGCGGUAUCCCAGUCUGUUGUCCCCAUUUAAAGGCACUUUGGAUAGUAUUUUGUUAUUAGUAUUUUGGUAAGUCAUUGGGAAAAGGACUGAGGCUAACCGUGGACUGUGAAGGGAAAUAUGUUGCAGAGAAAUAAAGUCUUCUUGUUCAUUCAA